ACGUGAACGGAGGGAGUUGAAUAUUGAAAUUAGUAGAAUAGAAGCAGUGGAGUAUUUGUAUUUCUUUGUUUCUGGGUAGAAGAUAGCACCUCACUCAACAGAAAAAUCGCCGAUCCAGGUUCAGCUGUUCAUCCAUUCUUUCUUUUUGUAAUCAGCGGCAUAAAUUAGUAGAGAAUCACUAGUGAUACACUGCUGACUCAAACCUUUUUUAGAAGAAAACAAAAUUUUAAUAAAGAAUUUGAAGGAUUCAUUCAAUGGCCUUCCGAAUCUCAGUGAAGUUUCUGGGUUCAAGUAUUGUCGUGUGAUUUGAUCGUUAGGUUUGGAUUGCUUUGGAGCAAUUGUGAAGAAAAAUUUUAAAUUGGGAUAUGGCUUCUUACCGGCCAUACCCUCCUGCACCACAGCAGCCAUCAUUUGUACCUCCUCCCCCAACUCAGAAUCCCCUUCCGCCACCAAUACUUCGACCCCAAUCUCGUGGGAAUCAGUAUCCUCAGAAUUGGGGUUCUGCCCCUCCUCCAUACCCGCAAAACUAUGCACAAGCACCCCCUAACCCAAAUUUCCCACAUUCCGGCUAUAAUUCGACAAGCCAUCAAUAUCAACCACCACCACCACCACAACAGCAACAAUACCCAUUCCAGCCACCACCACCGCCACCCGAUUCAUCGUAUCCUCCUCCCCCACCUCCACCUUCUUCUAGCGGCCAAAACUCAGUUAACGCCCACCAACAGUAUUAUCCUACUUCACAAUACUCUCAAUUCAGCCAACAACCUCCACUACAACCACCACCACCGCCACCCCCACCCUCUUCUCCGCCUCCAAAUUCAUCAGCUCCUCCCCCACCACCACCACCAUCAUCUCCCCCUCCUCAACCUUCGCAGAUUAAGGAGAGUGGGAGAGAAAGAAGCAGGCAUGAAAGAGAUAGAAGGGCACCGAAAGAGGAGAAUCACCACUUUUCUUCUAAGCAGACAAAGCCUCCGGUACCUCCGGGUCUUGUUAAAAAAGCUAAUGGGGCUCCCGGGAGGGUUGAAACUGAAGAGGAAAGGAGGUUGAGGAAGAAAAGGGAAAUGGAGAAGCAAAAGCAAGAAGAGAGGCAUAAACAGCACAUGAAAGUGACACAGAAUCAGCCGAAACAACCCCAGGUUCAACCUUCUGGAGCUAAAGGUCAUUUGUCGAUUUCAGGGUCUAGGAUAGGUGAGAGACGGACUACUCCAGUGUUAAUCGGUGAAAAGGAUGAAAAUCCAAUGAAGAGACAAACAGCAUUUAUGUGCAGGAUGAAGUUCCGGAAUGAACUUCCUGAUCCAUCUGCACAGCCUAAGCUUAUGAAUUUAAAAAGAGACAAAGAGAGAUUUACCCGAUAUACUAUCACGUCAUUGGAGAAAAUGCAUAAGCCAAAGUUAUACGUUGAACCUGAUCUUGGCAUUCCACUUGACCUCCUUGAUCUCAGUGUUUACAACCCUCCCAGAGAGAGGUUUCCUCUUGCCCCAGAAGAUGAAGAGUUGCUACGUGAUGAUGAGGUAGUAACCCCAUUGAAGAGGGAUGGAGUAAAGAGGAAAGAUCGCCCUAGCGAUCAAGGUGUCUCUUGGCUUGUUAAGACGCAAUAUAUUUCUCCUCUCAGCAAUGACGGGACCAGACAGUCUUUGACUGAAAAACAAGCAAAAGAAUUGCGUGAAAUGAAGGAAGGUCGCAAUGUUCUGCAGAAUAUUAACAAUAGGGAAAGACAAAUUAAGGAAAUCCAAGCAUCAUUUGAGGCUUGCAAAUCACGGCCUGUACAUACAACCAAUAAACAUUUGAAGCCUGUGGAGGUUCUACCACUGCUUCCUUACUUUGACCGUUAUGAUGAUCAAUUUGUUGUGGCCAACUUCGAUGGGGAACCGACAGCUGAUGCAGAGAUGUUCAGCAAAAUGCCCAAUUCUGUUCGCGAAGAUCUUGAAUCAAAGGCUGUAAUGAAAAGUUUUACAGCAGCAGGUUCAGAUCCUGAUAAACCUGAAAGAUUUUUGGGUUACAUGGUCCCAUCAACGGAUGAGUUAUCGAAGGACAUAUUUGAUGAAGACGAGGAUGUCUCUUUUUCCUGGGUCCGAGAAUACAAUUGGGAUGUCAAAGGAGAAGACCCCGAGGAACUCUCAACAUAUGUAGUGUCAUUUGAUGAAGAUGCUGCUCGCUACUUGCCUCUUCCAACAAAACUUGCACUAAGAAAAAGGAGGGCAAAGGAGGGAAGGACUCAAGAAGACGGAGAGCAAUUUGUACAUCCAGGCAAACUCACCGUCAGGCGAAGAGAUACUACCACAGUCAUUGAAAGGAAAGAAUCAAUGAAUGAUUCCUACUUUGGAUCAAGUCCAACAAGAUCGAGACUAGGAUAUGGUUUCGAAGAGGAGGAGCAAUAACCUGUGGAUCCUGAAGAUGUUGGGGACGAUCAGAUGGGACUUUACAGUGGUGGGGAAGAUUAUAUGUCUGAUUAAUGAGUGUCUAAAUGAGUCUUGUAAACACAAAUGUUUUAAGGUUUGGCAUUCCAGUUAAUGGCUAAUUGCAGAACGUUUUUGGUAGUUCAUUUAACCUUUCACCUUCUUCUCAUUAGGUUAAAGAUUAGAGUAGAGCUUUCAGUUGGAGAAUCACUGAAAGCAAAGUAAAUAGUAGAUAGUUGAUAAUUGAGGAUUUCUGUAUUUAUCUUCCAAGAAUAAACAAUUCAUAUAUUAGGAAUUUGAACAAGCAAUAAAACAAGGAAGUCUUCU